CGGUGAUAACGCUGAAAAACAAUUCAAUUUUCGACAUCCCAACCACUACAAAGGUGCAUAAGCACGCGACACAAGGGGUCUUUAUAUAUACACCAUCCCAUCCCUUGUUGGCAACCUUCUUCCCAUGUUCCCGACGCUCUGAAUCGUUCGCUUGGUCACAAUCUGCAUUCAUCGACAACCUCGCCGUACGUCAUGGCCACUGACGACAAAUACGUUAACUACGAGGACAAGUCCUCUCCUUCGCCAUCCAACCUGCCGGUCGAGUAUGAAACCGACACCGGCACCGUGAAGCGUCGAUUCAUCCCGCAUUUUAGUUGGGAAGUGCGCCAGGAGCCCAGCUCUUUCGCCGCCAGCAAAAACGCAUCAAAUGCCGACUUUGAUCCCAUUCCGCCGAGUAAGCGGACAUGGAAUUGGGGCGCGUAUAUCGCGUACUGGAUGGCCGAUGCUUGGGCCGUUAGUAAUUGGGAAGUCGCUUCGUCCAUGAUAUCGGUUGGCCUGGACUGGAAAUUUGCAGUCGGCGCUUGUGUGCUCGGUAAUUUUGUCAUGGGUCUGGUCAUUACGAUCAACGGUCGAAUUGGUGCCACACUUCACACUCCUUUCCCGGUACUGGCACGAAUGCCUUUUGGCUACUACUUCAGCUACUUCGUCGUCUUGUCUCGUUGCGUAUUGGCUACUGUGUGGCUCGGUGUUCAAACCACGACGGGUGGUCAAUGCAUGACCGUGCUGCUCACGGCAAUCUGGCCGUCGUUCAAAAACAUCCCAAAUCACAUUGCCAAGGAUGAGGGUAUCACCAGCGCUGGAAUGGUUGGAUUUCUGCUAUACUUCUUGCUGCAGCUCCCAUUCUUGUGUAUUCCUUACACCAAGGUUCAAUAUUUCUUCGCCUUCAAGUCCAUCAUCGCCCCGAUUUGCUUCCUCGCCAUCUUUGGCGAUACUCUUCGCCGCGCCGGUGGUACAAUCAGCCACAGCAGCGUCAUCACACAGCCAACCCUUCUUCACGGCUCCGCGCUCGGUUGGGCCUUUUUCAGCAAUCUCAACGGCGUACUGGGCAAUUAUGCGACGCUCGGGUUGAACAUUGCCGACUUUUCGCGAUACGCUAAGAAGCCAAGUGAUCAGAACGUGCAGGUUAUAGUCAUCCCGGCCAUCUUCACCAUCGUUGGAUUGUUGGGUAUCUUCACGGCGGCGUCUGCUGAGACUGCCUAUGGCCAGAUUCUCUGGAACCCAAUCGAUAUCAUCAAUCUAUGGAUGGAAUCCGGGUCGCAUGGUGGACGGGCUGCCGCUGCCUUUGCCGCUAUCGGACUCAUCAUCGUCACACUUGGUAUCAAUAUUUCCGCCAAUUCCAUCAGCGCGGCCAACGAUCUGAUGGCUUUUGCACCGCGAUAUAUCAAUAUCCGACGUGGCCAGCUACUAGCUGCCUUCAUUGGCAGUUGGGCUUUUGUGCCGUGGAAAAUUCUUGCUUCGGCUGCAAAGUUCCUCGCUUUCCUCGGUGGUUAUACAAUCUUCUUGGGGCCAAUGACAGGUAUCUUGAUCUGCGACUACUACAUCGUCCGCCGCGGUAACGUCUCCGUUAUGGAUAUGUACCAAUUCCACGGUAUCUAUCGCUAUAGUCCCAGGUUCGCAACAAAUUGGCGCGCCCUUGCUGCCUUCAUCAUUGGCUGCAUCCCUCCGCUUCCGGGCUUCGUCAACAACAUCGUUGUCGCUGGCCACGGCACAACCAGUGUUUCUCUAGGUGGGCAACGAUUAUUCGCUAUCGGCUACAUCUACUCCUUCAUCUCCUCUGCCAUUUUCUACUGGCUCUUCAACCGCUUCUUCCCCCAUCUUGAGUCCAAGAUGGACCACGCCGAGACUGGGGAGGAUAUCAUUGCUGAAAACGAUGCCAAAAAUGUCGCAGAGCGACGGUCUAGUUGGGCUGAGCCGGGCAAGAAGCCGAAUUUCGUGAAGAGGAUGUUCCAGGUCUAAUAGGCUUGGGCGAGACAAGAGGAACGAAUAAGGAAAGAUAGAGGAGGUUCCAGAAGGAGAAUUUCGAGCCACGCUUUUUAGCAUAAUGAUGGUCAUUUACAUGAGAACAUGUUAUCACAAUCACUAGAGCAUAACAUAGUACGGUCUCCGGC